GCAAACCUCAUUUUCAUCAUACUCUUCAAGUCCCAAGUCAAAAAUAAUAAAAACCAAAAUAAAAAAAAGAUAUAAAAUAAAAUAAAUUACUCGCAGCCAUCAUUCUGGACAUUGCUACGAAAGUGCGAACGCGCUGGAAUAUUCCCAGCCUCGCCUGCAAAAUAAUCACCAGAAAGCACGUCGCAAUGGCUUCAAAUACGGCCCAUGGAACCACGAUGGCGGCUAAUACCAACACCAAGCCCAAGUUGCACGGACGGGCGUUCUAUGAAAGCAUGGGCAGUCCCAAGUUUGUGCUUGCUCCUAUGGUCGACCAGUCAGAGUUCGCCUGGCGCAUGCUCACUCGAUCGUUUCUUACACCAGAGGAAAACUCGAAACUCUUAGCUUAUACGCCUAUGUUCCAUGCUCGGCUAUUUAGCGAGACGGCCAAAUAUAGAGAAUCGCAUUUCGAAGCAACCCGACCUUCUUCCUCUGCUCCCGCGCCCGAAAAUACCGAACAAAGUCAAAGCCCCCCAUUCCUUGAUGGUAAUCCGGCGUUCGAUCGUCCCCUAUUCGUACAAUUCUGCGCGAACGACCCUGAACACCUGCUAGCCGCAGCGACCCUCGCCGCACCUUAUUGCGACGCAGUCGACUUAAAUCUCGGCUGUCCCCAAGGAAUCGCGCGCAAAGGCCACUACGGCGCAUUUCUACAGGAGGACCAGGAGCUCAUUUACAAACUGAUUAACACUCUCCACAACAAUCUACCCGUACCUGUUACCGCAAAGAUUCGUAUACUGGAGACUAAGGAGCAAACCUUAGCUUACGCCAAGAACGUAUUGGCUGCUGGCGCGAGUAUCAUUACCGUCCACGGGCGAAGACGAGAGCAGAAGGGCCACAUUACCGGUGUUGCGGACUGGGGAUAUCUGCGCUACCUGAGAGAGAAUCUGCCUAAGGAAACCGUUAUCUUCGCCAAUGGCAAUAUUCUUCAGCACGAAGAUAUAGAAAGGUGUCUCGAGGCGACCGGCGCUGACGCUGUCAUGAGCGCGGAAGGAAAUCUAAGCGAUCCAGCUAUCUUUGCGCGACCACCGCCCCCCGGGCAAGAAGGACGAGAGUAUUGGCGAGGUAUAGACGGGAAAGGCGGGUAUAGAGUAGAUGCCGUGUUCAGACGGUACAUGGAUAUCAUACACAAAUACGUCCUGCAACAGGAUCCACCGGCGCGCAGACCCCUAUUCGUCGUAGGGGACGACGAGAGCUGGCUAUCCGAAGGCAAGCAAAAAGACGCAGAUCAAGAAGAAGAGGGCCCAGCGCGGAAGAAGCGGAAGAAGGAUGGCGGUAGCAAGAACGAGAAAUGCACCUCGCCGAACCUCGUCGCUGUCCGCCCUCACUUAUUCCACCUCCUGCGACACUUCAUCUCCAGACACAUAGAUAUACGCGACGCCCUCGCGAAGUGCUACGCCGGCGACGUCCCCGCCAUCGAGAAUAUCCUCGAUAUGGUUGAGCGGCGCGUGGCCGAGGGACUGAUCGAGUACGAGAGGACGGGGGGCAAGAGCAUAGAAGAGCCGGAGCCGGAACCGAAACGGAAGCCGGUACCGGAACUCGAAUCGGGACGGGAAACCAAAACGGAGGAAAUCGAGGCGGAUACCGCUACUGCUGCUGAAGACGACCCGGAGAGCUCGGUGGCUACGGUUAAGAAAUGCAAGAGGCCGUGGUGGAUCGCGCAGCCGAUCGUGCGCCCGCUUCCGAAGGAGGCGCUGGCGAACGGGAGCAUAAGCCUGAGCAAGAAGGAGAAGAACAAGAAUAAGGAAAGGGAAAAGGAAAAGAAUAAGCAGGAGCCGGCGGCGAAAGCUGGAGUUGAAGAGAAAGGAAACGGAAACGGAAACGGAAACGUAAAGGGGGCUGAAAACGAAGCGGGUGUGGAAUUGGAAUUACCGAAGACGGAUGGCGUCGACGGGAUUACAGAGCCGUCUAUGGAUGCGAAGAAGCCGGGGUUUACGGCUGAUGAGCUCGUCUGUGGGUAGGGGUAGGGGUAGGGAAUAUAGAUGGAUGGAUGGAUAGACAGGUACCUAAAAGAUAGAAGGGGGGCUACUAUAGAUCACGGCAUCGUACGAGCUGCACGUUGGAUGUAAAGCAUACCUACCUAUUUUUAUGAGUCUAAUCAGAUGCGAUACGAGAAUCACGCUGCUUUGCAUGC